UCAAGCGCAAGCCGCUGAACCUCACACGAGAAGAUCAACAGUUGGUAUCCGAUACGCCUUCACCUCAUUCCCUAAAAUUCAGCGUCUCGUCUCGUCAAUCGGGAGAAGAUGGACCAGUCAAGAGUUCAGUGUCGGAGAAUGAGAAUCACGGGCUUGGAUUCCUCCAACCUCCCACAGGUUCGAACGCCAUGAUUCGAUCUGCCAGUGCUGAGACGGGUGGAUCUCGGAUGAGCGAAGCUCGAUCAGACCGAGCAUCUGGGAGACAAUCUUCGGGCGGAGGAUCAUUCUAUGAUUAUUAUAACGAAGGCGAGGAGACGCUGGUCAGUCCACAGGAAGGUUCAUCUCGGCGGGCGAAGACGGCUUCUCAGGCGGUGGAAAUUACCGAGUAUGCCGACGGUAAAUUGGUCUGGUCGCUCGUCGAUGGACUGCGGGAUGUCGACGAGGUUGAUGGUCCCGAACCCUUUGGCCUUCAUUCACGAAACACGUCUGUUGAUUCUGCAUACCCCUCAGAGAAGGAAGAUCUGGGCGAUGCAGAAGCCCUGGAUACCCAGGGCAUAGCGGGCCUCAAUUUGAGACAUCGGGAUCGGGCUCAACCUCUGGACAGACCGCCAACCAAUGUGAGUGAAUAAUCUGCUUAAGCUUGAAGACGUGCUGACUCUUUACAGGUCUACUAUACCUCGCCCGCCGACGUC